UCCAUCGCUUCUUAUCUCUCCACUUUCGUCCUCCUCCUUCUCCUCCUCCUCCUCCGAGCGAGAGAGAGCGAGAGAGAGAUGGCGGUUCUGAGCGCGCUCUCGCCGCCGUCGACGGCCGCCUCGCUCUCCGCGUGCUCGUCCUCCGCUGCUCGCGGCGACGGACCCAGGCCGCGCGCGGCGGCCCCGUGCCGCCAUCCGACCGGCCUCGCGCCGUCCGCUCGUCCCUCCGAGGUCUCCCCCUCCCCUCUCCGCGCCCGAUCAGGAGCUCUUCCUGCUGCUACAGAUGGAUGCUCGUGGAUGCAGGGCUCUUCCAUUCAUCGCCAGACCGGCGGCACCAGAUGGAGGCUGAAACCGGUUUACUCGAUAUUCCCUACCAAGCCCGCCCAAGUUUCCUCCGUGCAGGACCUUUUCGAUUUCAUUUGCUCGGGUCCUCUCUUUGACAAGUUGGGUCUGAACCCGGAAAAGGUGGCCGAGUCCCUCGAUAAAUGGUUGGCCUAUGGCUUACAACUCAGUCGGUUGUUUCAGCUCAAUGAGCUCUACCUCACAGUUCCCCAAAAGGCUAGGUUCUAUCACUACUAUAUUCCCGUCUUUCUGUGGUGUGAAGAUCAGAUUGCUCAGCACUACUCCAAGUUCAAGGAGGGGGAAGAUAUCCCACCUCUCGUGAUUGGUUUUAGUGCUCCCCAAGGUUGUGGCAAGACAACACUAGUUUUUGCCCUUGACUAUCUUUUCAAGGUCACUGGCAGGAAAUGCGCAACGUUAUCGAUAGAUGAUUUUUAUUUGACAGCAGAGGGUCAGGCUAAACUGAGGGAAGAAAAUCCCGGAAAUGCACUUCUAGAGUUGCGUGGAAAUGCAGGAAGCCAUGAUCUUCAAUUCUCUGUCGAAACACUCACUGCUGUGACCAAUUUGACUAAGGAAGGCAUGAAGAUGAAGCUACCUCGAUAUGAUAAAUCUGCUUACAAUGGAAAGGGUGACAGAGCUGAUCCAUCCACUUGGCCAGAAGUGGAAGGGCCAUUAACGGCUGUUUUGUUUGAAGGUUGGAUGCUUGGAUUCAAACCCUUGCCAGCAGAUGUAGUCAAAGCUGUUGAUCCACAGCUAGAGACUGUAAACAAGAAUCUUGAAGCUUAUUAUGAUGCGUGGGACAAAUUCGUCAAGGCAUGGAUAAUCAUCAAGAUUCAGGACCCCAGUUGGGUCUACCAAUGGCGCUUGCAGGCAGAAAUUGCCAUGAGAGAGGCCGGAAAUCCGGGGAUGUCUGAUGAGGAGGUCAAAGAUUUUGUCUCCCGUUACCUCCCAGGAUACAAGGCUUAUCUCUCGACACUCUACUCUGAAGGACCAAAGGGGUCAGACCCUGAGCAUCUCCUUGUCAUCGAAAUUGAUGAGGGGAGAAACCCGUUAUAGGUAGCUAGAGGUGACUGGAACUAUCAAUGAGAUUCUGCUGAGAAUUUUCUUUUUUUUCCUGAUUGUUGGGCCCGUUGCAUGGUCAGUUUUGUUUUCAUAACAUGCCAUCUUCUGUUGUUAGUCAUUGUAAAUUGUAUAUUCUAUAUGAAAUUUUGACAUGUAAAUAAACUCUCUGUCAUUCAGCUC